AUGUACUCCGCCGGCCUGGAGAUCCUGGGCAUGAUCCUGGCCGUGGCCGGCUGGCUCGGCGUCAUGGUGACGUGCGGCAUGCCCAUGUGGCGGGUGGCGGCCUACGUGGGCCAGAACAUCGUCAUCUCCCAGGUGAUCUGGGAGGGCCUGUGGAUGAACUGCUCCGUGCAGAGCACCGGCCAGAUGCACUGCAAGGUGCACGACUCCAUGCUGGGGCUGCCGGUGGACCUGCAGGCCGCGCGCGCCCUGGUGGUCGUCUCCCUGGUGAUGUGCGUGGCGGGCGUCGGCCUGUCCACCGCCGGCGCCAAGUGCACCAACUGCAGCGCCGACGCGGCCAGCAAGCCCCGGCUGGUGGUGACGGCCGGGGUGACCUUCCUGCUGGCGGGGACUCUCCUGAUGGUGGCCGUGUCCUGGACGGCCAACGCCAUCGUGGUGGACUUCUACGACCCCAUGCUGGAGGAGACGGGCAAGAGGGAGUUCGGCAACGCGCUCUACUUCGGCUGGGCCGCGUCCUGCCUCCUGGUCCUGGGGGGCGCGCUGCUCUGCUGCUCCUGCCCCCCCAGGCCGCCCGGAGCGGCCGGCAGUGGAGGAGGCGUCAAGCCCCACGCCCGGGCGGCGGCGGCGGCGGCGAACUACUCGGCUGUCAAGACGGCGUCCGUCAACGGUUACACCAGGAGGGACUAUGUGUGA